UGCCAUGCAACAUGAACUACGAACGUAUUGUCCGCUGUACAAUCACAGAUUAAUUAUAAACAAAUAAGGUACAAAAUAAGUUGAAAUGCGAGACAGUAAAAUACUCUACAACAGUUUAAGUUUUGGUGCGUAUAUAUAAUUUACAUAUUAGAAUUAUUAUAGUUUCCUACAGUUUUGUAAUUUGGUGAAUUAAACUCGAAAAAACAAUGAUUCACACUUUAAGGAUUUAACCAAAAAUAAUCUUCGGUGAGAUUUUAGCAUAACUGUUCAGGGCAUCUAGAGAAACCCGUGACCUUUUAAAUCUAAAAUAAUGAAUUCUCGAAGAAUUUCAGUAAUAUGCAUUCAGCGAGCAAUGAUCCAUCACCGUCCAGCUAAAAUAUAUAUAAAUAGCAAAAGUGAUCGACAGCAAUUGUAUACUUAGGUCAUCGGUAAAAUCGCCGCUACCAAUAUCGCUUCUACGAUUUGAAAGUCCUAUAAAAUGGAUCUUCACACCACUUCCAAUAGAGUGCAUUGCUCAAGGAAUGGGCGGUUCCUUCGCCCAUUUCUUCCCCAUGGCCUCAAGUAGCCUACUUACCUGAACAUCCUUCAGAAAUAGGUUUCAAGGCCACCCUCCACCACCGCUAUAAAAGCCGAUUUGCAUCGGCUGGUAGGCAUCAUUUCCUCUACCACUUCCAUCUCUUCAACGACUCCUGCAAUAAACAUCAAGAUGUUCGCACAGGGUGCAGUCUUAAUGAUUUUAGCCGGCAUAGCUCUCUCCGCUCCUUCUGAUUCAUAUGGUCCUUCUAAACAUCAGGCAUCCUACAAAGAGGAACCCAGGCCUUAUCAGUACAAUUAUGCGGUUAAGGAUGAAUAUGCCGGCACAGAUUUCGGUCAAACAGAGGAAUCUGAUGGGAAGUCCGUCAAGGGUUCAUACACUGUUCAGCUUCCAGAUGGCCGAAAGCAAACUGUGACCUAUGUAGCUGAUCACUAUGGAGGGUAUCAAGCUGAGGUCACCUACUACGGAGAGGCCCAGUACCCACACGAAUAUGGACCUCCAAUCACCUUCAAGCCCCAGAGCUACCACCAUGAGCCAUCCUACAAGCCAGCACCUUCUUACACCCCUGAACCAUCUUACCACUGAGCAUGAUGAAAAGUCCGCUGUCAACUCUUCUUAUGGACGAAUCGUUUAUUGAAUUUAACGAGCAUUAUUUACCGAAUAAACACUUUCAAAUGUA